AUGACUACAAGGAAACGUAAAUACCAAGAAAUGAAUGUGAAGAAAGGCUUGAAAGACUUUCAGAGAGAAAUCAUGAGCUUUCUGGAGGCGAAUACGAAAACACAAAUGGCCAACAUAAUGAAACUGCGAAAGGAGUUUGCUGAAAUAAAAUCGGAAAUACACGCUAUUAAGAGUACAAGUGAAUCUGUUAAUACGAAUCGAAGCAACAUCGACCUGGAACUUGCUGGUAUUAAAACUGAGAAUCGGUCCUUACGAGAAAAGUUGAUGGAUUUGGAAAGUACGCUGACUCGCAUCAAAGAAACCCAGGGCUCUUCUAAGUCGGUGUCAUGUGAUUAUGAACGAGUGGAAACUCAGGAUUGCUUCCAAGCUACAGUUCUACCUGUGGACACUAAGGAUCAUAAUCUUGGUUAUGAUGAUGGAGUAUCGCUUCGGUCGGUUAAUAUCGAGUCUACGCCUAAACAGCUUGGUAAGCUUUAUAUAUUUAUUUAA